CCUCACCCUCGCAGCGUCCGGGCUGGGCUGGCCCCUCCUCCUCUCUCCAGGGCUCUCUCUUCCCUUCCCACAGCCGCCAGUGGACCUUGCCUCCUUCCUGGGUCUUCUUCCUAGGCUUCAGGCAUUCCUCACCCUCUCCCACGGAGCCCCAGCGUCUGGUGCCCUCAGGCCUUCUAGGGAAGGAUAUGGGGGCCCGUGGCUUCCACUUGACGUGGCUUCACCUUGUCGGGGGACCGUCCGGGAUUGCCGCCCCUCUCUGCCCUUUGCUGCACCCUCCUUCCUCCAGCUGACGCUGCCUCUUGCCCCAUGUCAGGAAUCACAGGCGUCAGCUGGAGAACCGGUUUUGGGGGCAGUGGGCCGAUCCUAGAGGACGUUUCUCCAAGGUUCUUCUUGUAAUACUGGUUGUCACUCCCGGUGGGCUGGGUGCUCUGGCUGUUGGUGUCCAUCCACUUAGCUGCUUUGUCUUUCUCUUAGGAUUUGCUUCUUCCCAGAUCCGUGUAGUUGUCCGGCUGGAGGCGGGGGAAGGCACCUGGGCGCCUGGCAGGGCAGGCGUUGGGCCAGCUGCGGCACUAGGGACUUGGAGGGGACCUGGCCCUGGCUGUUGGUUUCGGAUGGAGAAUGCCGAGGCGCCUUUGCAAGCAGUGCCGCGGAUCAGGACUCCCGGGUCAGGUUCGGCCACGCAGAGUGCCGAGCCAUGUGGGAUGUGUGGCCCAGUCAUGAAGGACGUUUUGCUCUUGGCCGAACACCAGGGGAUUUGCUCUGGGCAGAAGCUUCAGGCAUGCGGGGCGUGUGGAAGACAGUUCUGCUUCAGCCUAAGCAUCGCUCAGCAUCAGGACGGAGAGGGGCUCCCCAGCGGGGAGGAGGACGGGGCGUCACCGCUUACGGGCUGCAGAGGCCACCUGUCAGAGGAGCCCUUUCUGUGCGGGGACGAUGGGGAGGACCUCCUGCCCCACCCAGGCCCUCUGCACAACCAGACCGCUGACCUCCGGGGGCGUCCGCCCAGAAGUGCAGGGUGCAGCGAGGUCGUUCCCACUGGCGACGGGCGAUACCGGUGCCGUGAAUGCGGGAAGGCCUUCAGCCAGCAGCACCGCCUCGGCCAGCACCAGAGGGUUCACGCUGGAGAGAAGCCUCAUGCGUGCCGCGAAUGUGGCAAAGCUUUCAGACGGAAAUGCAGACUCGUUCAACACCAGAAAAUCCACGCCAGAGACAGGAGUUACGAAUGCACGCAAUGUGGGAAGUCCUUUAGACAAAGCUAUGGCCUUGUUCAACAUCAGAGAGUUCACACGGGGGCAAAGCCUUAUAAUUGUGUAGAGUGUGGGAACUUCUUUGGCUGUAAAACCACCCUGGUUCGCCAUCAGAGAAUCCACACUGGAGAAAGGCCGUAUAAGUGCACAGAAUGUGGGAAAUCCUUUAGACAACGGUCUGGCCUAAUUGGACACCAGAGAAUUCACACAGGGGCCAAACCUUACGAAUGCAGCGAGUGUGGAAAAUUCUUCAGCCGCAAAAUCACGCUUGUUCGGCACCGGAGAAUCCAUACCGGAGAAAGGCCUUACAAGUGUACUGAAUGUGGCAAGUUCUUUAGCCAAAGCUCUGGCCUGGUCUCACACCAGAGAGUUCACACCGGUGAGAAACCUUAUGAAUGCGCCGAAUGUGGUAAAUGGUUUAGCCACAGGUCUAGCCUCAAUUUACACCAGAGAGUGCACACUGGGGAGAGGCCUUACGCGUGCAGUGAAUGCGGGAAAGCCUUCAGUCUGAAAUUUACACUUCUUCGACACCAGAGAACCCACGCUGAAGAAAGACCGUAUGAGCGUAGUGAACGUAGGAAGUGCUUUAGCCACAAAUCCAGCCUCAUUCAACAUCGGCAAAAUCAUGUCGGAGAGUGUUGAGCCAGUGGCCUUCCCUCGCUUGGUACCAGAGGGUUCGCCCUGAAGAAAGGCCGUGGAAUACAAGAGUGUUAUCUGCUUGGUCAAUGCAUGACGGCAGAAAAGCUCUGAGAAUAGAGUUGUGAAGUGGCCGUCAGCCAAAGGCUACACCUCACACCUGUCGUGCAAGCCGCAGUGUGUGGGGAGGCUUCCGGAGGUGCGUUACCCUGUCUGACCUGCACGAGGCCCUUCCCUGAGUGCUCUCCCUGCCGGUGCCAAUGGCAGAAUCCAUCUCCUAUGUACCAUCCGGUCGCCCAGUGAGCUGAGGGACGGCCAGUCUUUGUACUGUGUCCCCUGUAGGAAACCACAAGUGGCGUGAGGCCAUCGCAGUUUACCCUGAUCAGCUUAACACACUGAUGGGGUUAAUAGAAUUGGAGCCAGCAAACCAGAAGGCAUGUGCCUUAUCCAGUGGUGCUUAGAGAAAUAUUCUGGUCACUAUAGCUGUGAGGGAUUCGGGUAUUCAGGUAUUCUCAGAACUUACAGAUUUAACGUCUCCUGUGGCUCAGAUCACUGGUAGGGCAAAUAAUCUGAAUGUUUUCUGAAUUGUCAAGACUAUUUGGGUUGCUUACCUCAAGGUCAUUGCUAUACAGGCAAGAAAAAGAAACCAAGAAAAGCGCUGGUUGUCUAGGCAUGUGACUUAUUUAGCAUCUAUUGCUUGCUAGGCUUUGCUUCCAUUGGUGUAGGGCUGUCCCUUCCAAAGGAAGAACAUAUUUUUUUAAAAUAUUUGUUUGUUUAUUUGAAAGACUUACACAGAGAAAGGAGAAGCAGAGAGGCAGAAAGAGAGAGGUCCUCUAUCCAAUGGUUCACUCCCCAGUUGGCCGCAACGGCCAGAGCUGAGCCGAUCUGGAGCCAGGAUCCAGGAGCUUCUUCCAGGUCUCCCAUGUGGGUGCAGGGGCCCAAGGACUUGGGCCAUCUUCUACUGCUUUCCCAGGCCAUAGCAGAGAGCUGGAUUGGAAGUGGAGCAGCUGGGACUUGAACCAGCACCCAUAUGGGAUGUCGGCACUUCAGGCCAGGGCACCUGCGCCACAGCACCAGACCCCCAAAGAAGAACAUAUUUAAGAUGUGUUUGCCAAUGAAGGAUCCAGAUUUCCGUGUUGAACUGUUAAAAAAUUUGUUUUAUUUAUUUAUUAGAGAAAGAGCCCCCAUCUGUUUGUUCACUACCCAAAUGUUUGCAGUGGCCCAGGGGCAAAGCUGGGAGCUGAGAUCUCAACCACGUCUCCUAGGUAGGUGGCAGGAACACAACUAUUUGAGCCAUCAGUACGGCCUCCCAGGGUCUGCAUUGGCAGGAAGCUGGAAUUAGGAGCUGGAGCCAGGGAGUCACCCAGGUAUUCAGAUAUGGGACAUGCAUCUUAACCACUAGGCAAAAUGCCUGCCCUGAACCAGUUGUUUUUUUGU